CAUUUUAAUAAUGUUUCAUAUCGCAGAAAGAUUCUGGAGUGUCCGCCAUACGUUAUCGAUACAAAGUUUAAUUCUCUCUACCAUACCGUAGAGAAUCUCAAAAGUGUUCGGUAUAGGCUAAAAUCAAUACCGAGCACAACAUAUUCUAUCAGCAAUCAGCGACGUCUCUAGUGGACAUUUACAAGAUGUUACUGACGAAUACAGCUAAGAAAAUUUUGGAGAAUGUCUGGUCAUUGGCAUGCUGUGACUACAGUUGUUGUGACUGCUGCCAUGAAGAAACUCACCCGCCCGUGAAGAAAAUAACAAAGUCCGAUAUUCAACAUUCUUUCCGUGAUUCUAUUUCUCGGCUUGAUUCAACAAGUUCUACUAAUGAAUCAACAACGCCGAAAAGCGUACGUGAGCGUUCCGAGUCGGAUAGUGUCUCCCGUACAGAUUCCGUAUCAUCAGCCACAUCAGCGAGUCAGUUUUCUUUUGAAUACCGUAAACCGACGACGACCCCGAUAAUUGAUAUGAAACCGAUUGAGUUUUGGGCUGCGAAUAAAGAAGCAAUUCAACCAAAACAAGGGCGUCGCCGGUUGCCGAGCGAAACCGAAAUAACAAUUGAAAAUUUUCAGAAAGAUUUGUACGAGUCUGAAAAAAUAAACAGAGAGACUUGCCUCACAGACGAGGAAAAACUAUCUAAAUAUCAACUCGGACAAAUUCAUUUUGGACUACAGUAUGAAGUAUCAACAAACAUUUUGGUUGUGAAAAUCAUUGAAGCGAAAGAAUUGCCCCCUCCAUACUGCCUGGACGAAAAUAAACAAGAUAUGGCACAUUCUAAUCCAUAUUGUCGUGUGUCACUAAUCCCUGACUCUAAAAACUCUCACCAAACCUCUGUACAGCGGAAGACUCAGGAACCGACUUGGAAUGAAUAUUUCAUGUUUGAAAUCCCGUUUAAGGAGACCGGGGAGAGGACGCUGGAGAUUUUGGUGAAAGACUUUGAUAAAUUUUCACGACACUGUAACAUCGGCCAGGUGCAUUUCCCGCUCGAGGGUCUGAAUCUUGUGAAGGGUAUUCACACAUGGAAACCUUUAUCACCGUGCGUCACUGAUCGCCAUGACCUUGGUGAGCUUCUAUUGUCAUUGAACUACCUUCCAAGUGCGGGGCGUCUCAACAUUGACGUCAUCAAGGCAAAGCAGCUUCUUCAAACAGAUAUAAUCGGUGGAUCAGAUCCGUUUGUCAAAAUAACAUUGGUUCAUUUUGAGAAGCCAGUGAAAACGAAAAAGACGACCUUCAAGAAGAACACAUUAGAUCCGGUAUUUAAUGAGUCAAUUAGCUUUAAUAUUACUCCACAGCAGCUUGACACAACCAGUCUUGUAAUAACCAUUUGGGAUUACAACUCAAAAAGCAAGGAUGAUUUUGUUGGUCGCAUCGUGCUUGGUAAAUACGCUACUGGUCCGCAUGAAUCAAGUCACUGGACGCGCAUGCUCCAAUCACACCGAGUUGCGGUUGCGCAAUGGCACUCAAUGCGCACCCGACAGGAAUGCGACCAGGUUUCUCCAGCAUCCAUCGCUGUGCCAUGAUUACGCAAAUAUCGUUCCCUUUGACGAGUAACUAGAUUCAUUCCGUAAGAGUUUGGGUGUCACUGAAAGGGAGACAACUGAAUAAGAUACACGUUUGUACCUUAUAAGGUUAUGAAAGGCGAGAUAGCAAGUUGUACAUAAUUCUGUGGAACCAAAAUACAUCCGGUUGUGAAAUUGUACAGUAUCUAUAGGUCACUGACUUUACGAUAGACCUUAUCCCCUAUGAUUUUGCCAAACAUCUGUUAAAUGUGCUACCUACUUAAACUUUUUUAUACAAUAUGUUAUAUUUAUGCCGAAAUUAUUUUUGUAUAUUACAUUUUUUCAUUCAGUAUGGCUUUUGUAAAUAAUAUUAUACAUGUUUUAUAAAUCAUAUUUUAACAGGAUAUUUAAGAUAUGCCACCAUUAAGAUGUUCAUGAAGUAUUGUAUAAAUAUCACCGUAUUGUGUUUUAUGACUUUUGAAAAAUGAGAAUUAUUUCGGAGAAACAGAUUUAUAUUUGUAAGCAUUUGAUAACACCGGCUUUUAUAGCUACCAGAUAUCUUUCUUGAUAACGAUUUCAUACCUUUGGAAUAUACUUAAGAAAAUUAAGGUUCAGUUGAGGCACAAGUUUGUUAAAGGAACUGACAAAUGUUAAUGCAUCUCUUUGAACAAAAAGCGAGCGGUCACGGCCUCUGUUCUGGACCCGUUUCCGUUUCAAAUACGAGGUAAAGAAAGUAAGGGCAUUUUUAUACAAAAGUUGUUAACAAAUGAAUUUUGUGUCCGAGGGCACAUGUAUUUUUAUAUUGAAUUGUGUGUAUAUAUAGUGUACAUAGAGUGUACAUAGAUAACAUUGUUUUCUUACACUUUUAGAAAUACUGAUCGUGCAAACUGAUUUGUCAAAUACAUGUCUUAUAAAACUCAAUUUUACGCAAGAUGCCCUGAAAGUAGAUUUUGCUUUACUUGUAUUUUAUUGAAUGUUUUCAUUAUCAUCAUCAACAUCGUCGUUGUCAUCGUCAAUUAAAUGGCAGAGUAGUGAUGACUGCUGAAUUUGGAUUUCGGAAACAGGGCAAUGGUACGAGGUGUUUUUUUUUAAAAUCUGAAUGAACCUCAUAGAGUAUCAUAAUAACUUAAUACACAUAUAAACUUAUAUUGCACAGAAGCUAAGAUUUAGAACGUUAAUCUUUAGUUUCAUAGCAGAUUAUGAUACUAUUAUUCGUCUUGUAUUGAUCAUUUCUACUUUCUAAAAGAUCAUGUUAAAUUAACAAAUAAAAAACGUGUAUGCAAGGGAU